AUGAAUGUACCAGCUGCUGUGAUUGUCACCAGACUAUUCGAAUCGGAUGCGUGUGGCGCCUUGAGUUCGUACAAAGUCAAGAACUCGAAGACGUUUUUUAUAGAUAACCCUUCAAAGGAUAAGCCGCCAUGUAGAAAAGGCUCCAAUUCCCUCCCAAGGGCCACUGCAAGAGUAACCCUGGAACUGGCCAGCCAAGAAAUCUUCGUGGGAGUGCCCAAAAGACAGAUUGCCGCUAGCGAUCCCGCGCCGUAG